AUGAACACAGCCUUGGACAGCCUAUGGAUCCUGGGGAAAGCAAACCUCAGUGAAAGUACAAAAAGAGGCUCCAUGAGGUUACCAGCAGAUUGGUUGCAUUGCAAACAAACAGAAACAGAAAAUGCUGGAAAACUGCAGUUUAGAACAUGUUUGUUUGGAACGCCGCUGAUUGACAGCCGCAGGAGGAGGAGGAGGAGCGUGUGCGGUCCGGGGUGCCGGGAAACCGCAGCUUGCGCAACGCCAGUCCUCAGGUUUCUCGGACAGUCGCAUCUCAUGGAUGCUCUGGUGAAAAGGAGAACUGAUUUUGAAGCUCUUCGAGCCAAGUUUCAGGAGCAUGAUGUGAUAAAGAACUUGCAAGUAGCAGAGUCUGAGUGUUCACGAGCACCUGAAGCAACAGCAGUUUCUGAUUCUAAAACUGGGCUGAAUGUAACCAAAGUUGAUGUCAUUGAGACAGUUAGUCCUCACAAUGCUACGGUUCAACAGUCUCAUACAAAAUCUCCUUGUUCUCCUCUUCAUCUUGCAAAACCAACAGUUGUCCCAAAGCCUGUACUCUUGAAGCUGCCUGAAUGGAUAGAACCCAGUGUUCCAGUGGAAGGUGGAGGAAGACCUGAAGAGCUUACCAACUCCAAUCCAGCAUCAAUAGAUAUUCAAGCAUUGGAACACAAAACUUCUAAAGAUAGUAAAAGAAAUAACCAAGAUAGCAAAAUCACAUUUAAGGAAAAAAUAAAUAUUUGGGAGAAUUCUUCACAUUGUGGUAGAGAAGCUAGCACACCAGGUCAAAAUUUAAAAUGCAGCACGCUCCCUCCUUCAUUAGUAAACUUGAGAUUAAAACCUUUAUCUGAAACUCCUUACAAGAUCACUUGUGUUACAAAAGGCAGUCAGAGAAUGGGUCCAGAGGAGCAGAUAUCUGAUGUUGGGAAUGGAAUGCUCCAGCUUGAGGAGUCAACCACAGUUAUCCAAAGUUGUGAAGAUUCUAGUGUAGCUACUAAUUCUAAACCAACUGUCCCAUAUUCUCAACCAGAAAUUGAUCUUCCUACUCAAAAUGAUCAGAAAGGAUUCAAACGAGAUAACGUUCUGGAAUCAGGAUCUCAGGACCUCUUGAGAUUGGAUCUAACUAACUGUGGUAGAUCAAAACUCACUGAUCAAAGAGGACAAAACAUCAUGGAGAGAGAGCAUCUGCAUAAAUCCAUGCACCGCCGGGCACUUCCAUCUAUUGAAGAAUUGGGACCUCCACCUGUGAAACCACCCAGACCAUUCAAAGUAGAUCUCAGCAUAUUAAGAAAUAUAAAAAUGGACAGUUGUUGUUCAAUGGAAUCAGCUAAGAAGAAUGACACACCUUCAUCACCCAUAAAACCUCCAGAGAAAGAUGCAAGUUUAAGCACCGAAAGCAAUGCACAGGAAGCAAAUGAUGAGAAGGUGCGACACCACAGAGAAAUGGGGCAGGAAAAGGAAUUGCAAAACAGAGCAAUUGAAGAAAAAGAGUUGGAUCAAGUUAAGGAACAUGAAAAUAAAAAAGAGAGAGAAUUACGGAAGAAAUUCAAUCUCACAGGUUCAGAGAUUCCAAUACUUAAAGUCCAAAUACAGGAGUAUUUAAAAGGAGGGAAAUUCAACCUGAAAGUGAAACCAGGUGAAAUGGUGGAAAUUAUACGAAUGGUUGACUGUCCUGCUGGGAAGUGGUUGGCUAAAACCCAAGAUGGGAAUUGUGGCUAUAUUCAAAUUGAUGCUGUGAAAAUGAACAAUGCUGAAAUUAAAGAAAUUAGUUAUAGGAUGUCAAAUCCUCCACGGAUGAUUGAGGAGGUGUAUGAUGACGUCGGAGUGUAUGAUGACGUUGGACUGCCUGAUAUGACAACUGAACAAUAUUCCAUAAAAAUGUUAAAUAGCAUUGAAUGUGGACAGUGCCAUGAAACAAUGGAUAUUAAAAAUGAAUUAGAGAAAAACAGUGCAAAUAAGAUGAAUCGACUGACUAAAAUAUUACACAAAGGAAAAGAGAAGAAAAAGGGGCAUGAAAGUCCUUCACAGGCUCAGCAAUCUGAGUGUGGAUUGACAUCAAAUAUUUAUGAUGAUGUACUAAGUGAGGCGAUGAAAUCUCCUAUAGACAGAAGUUCACAGAUCCAGUUAGCUGAUAACGAAUCACUCCAUGAGGAAAUAUAUGAUGAUGUGGAAACUGGUAGCUCUGAAGCUAUAAAAAAAGACCGAAUAAAAGAAUUGGGAAAACUGUUCAAGAAAGAGAUUGGUGAUGGAGGAAAGGAGAAAAAAAAGAAAAAAGACAAGGCACUGGAUCAUCUCAGUAUAAACUCAGGAUCAGGAUCCACUUUAUCUCUAACUAACUUGGACAGUGAUGAAAAUAGUGUAUAUGAGGACGUUACCAACGUUAAGGAACUCAGUGAUUCAGAAGACAAAAGUUCUAAAUCAGACACAAGUAAAAUAAACUGGGGAAAAGUCUUCAGGAAGCGUGGAGAGAAUGCAAAGAAAACAGGAGAGAUGAAGUUGGAAGAAAGCGAAAGACUGGAAUUCGGUAAGGGAGACUACUUCACAAUGGAUAUUAAAGCACCCAGGGAGAAGGUGAAAGGAAUAUUCAAGAUCAAGAGAAAAGAUCCAAGUGGGGAAAGGGAAUCAAAAGUAAACAAAAAGAAAAUGUUAAAUGAACAAGAAUUUAGAGAAAAAUUUAAUUACACCAAGGAGAUUGUUGUGGAGAAUGUUGCAGUUGUGGAGCACAAUGUUGUGCAACAGCAAAAAGGAUCCUUGUAUUUACCAGUAAAAUCUGGAGAGAAGCUGGAGGUAAUAGAUAUUGGAGAAGACAACUUAAUAAUUUGUCGGAAUACUCAGGGUAAAUAUGGUUACGUCCAUGUACAACAUUUAAUAUUUGGAACCUGAGUUAAUGUGGAUACCUUGCUUGAAAAGGAAAGAACAUUGUUUGAAUAAUUGCAUUUAUAUUCUGGAACUUUAUAAUUUAAAAGAUAGCUUUAAUCCACAAUCACCUCAGCACACUGGAAUGUUUCCCUUAAUAAUGCUAUUAAAAAUAUUUUUGGGAUUCAAAAUAAAUCAUU